GUGUGUGUGCGUCUCUCUCUCUCUCUCUCUCGAGCGCGCGCGCGAGCAAGCAGAGCUGGGAACUCGCCGGAAGUUCAACAUCACACGGUGGCUUGACCAAGGCAAGAGAGGCAAGAGCACCCACGACUGUUCAAGCCUACCUAGUAUGUCUACUAGGCUCCUAGCAGCCUAGUACGUCAUUGUUAGGAAACCCACGGUCAAGAUCAGAUCAGAAAACUCAUUUAUACGGUCACGUAGGCUGGAUACGUUAGGACAUAGACGAAGACAACAUGAGUGAGGCCUGCCCGUUCGUCUAACCAUACAUAAUAGCCCGGGCUUUUCCUGACCUUGUUUAGACCAGUUUUAGAUGACCUUUUGUGUUCUGGACAGAAGAGCUUUAAUCUCCUAUUCGUGGGGAGCGUCACCUCUUGUAUUCACCCUGGUUUCGAGCCCGGCACUGCUGAGCUAUGUCUAGCCUUGUCAGGAAAUUUCACGGUCAAGAUCAGGUGGACAUGUCAGGACGUACCGUAACAGGACGUUGGAUAUAUUUAGUGAAACUGCAAGAUGGGGAAAAGAAAAUUCUUCAUUUUGCCUUUUUGAGCCUGAUAUCCUUGGAGGGCACAAAAGAGCAGUGGCUUCAAAUUCAUCCUCACUGGAUGCCUGCUGCCCCCUUCUUUGCAUCAGACACAGACUUUCUGAGAGGCAUCCGGUUGGGUAACGACCUGGAUGCCCAACAGGUGGCUGACUGGCUAAAUCACACCGACGCACAAUCUCAGAUUCCUCCUAGUGGCCCAGUUGUCUACGAAUGGGACUCUGAAUCGGACUUUCAGGACAAACUGGAACAGGUGGUCUCGGACACGGAUUUGGCCACCCAUGACAAACUGGAACAGGUAGUCUCGGACACAGAUUUGGUCACUCAUGACAAACUGGAAAAGGUSGUCUCGGACACAGAUUUGGUCCCUGCUGARAACCGCAUCCAAGAUACAGGCGGCAUUGACCAUGAUAAUGGUCUUGCCGAACAAGAUUAGAAUAUUAUCUUGGAAUGUACGAGGUCCUGGGUGGAACAUGGGAUCCUGCAGAUGCGAGACCUGUGGGAUGGGGAAGCCUCAGAUUGGUUGCCCCUGGAAACAGUGAAAAGGCKGUUACCUCGGCUCAGAGGAGUGGAACAAAACUACAACAAACUA